UGCUCGCUGCGUGCGGGGAAAGUUUUGCUGCGAGCGGAGGAGUUAGGAGGAGGGGGAGAGAGCGGAGCUGCCUCUUGCCUGAGCCGUCAGCUCCCUCAGCCCCGGGCGCGCAGCCACCGCCGGAGGAGGAGACCCGGGAGCAGCCGCCGGCUCCCGCCAGACCCCGGGCACUUUCUCUGCCACGCACGUGGGGUGGGAGCCGCUGCCAGCCGCCGGGGAGCGCGGAGCCCCUUAGUCCCAGCGCCGCCGCCGCCGCCUGGUGCCCGGGCAGCAGCUCAGCAUGGUCUGCAGAGCCGCGGGGCGCGGACCCGGGGAGAGGAGCUGAGCGCCGCCGGAGGGACUAGGAAAGAGCCGCGCCGAGCCCCGGGGAUUAUUUCCCAGUCCGGGAUGGGGGACUGCAGCCGCCGGCCCCGGGCAGCAGCCAGCGGGAGUCUCCGGGCCGGGAGAGCCGCUGUCCUGGUGCUGCUCCUCGCCUGCUUCUGCCUCAGCGCCGCAGUGGAGAAGAAGAAAGUUUGCCAAGGAACAAAUAACAAGCUGACCCAGCUGGGGAACAUGGAGGACCAUUUCACCAGCCUGCAAAGGAUGUAUAACAAUUGUGAGGUGGUGCUUGGCAAUCUGGAGAUCACAUAUGUGACACACGAUCAUGAUCUUUCAUUCCUGAAGACCAUACAGGAGGUUGCAGGCUACGUGUUAAUAGCACUCAACAAUGUGGAUAGCAUUCCACUGGACAAUCUCCAGAUCAUCCGAGGAAACGUGCUUUUUGAGAACUUUUACGCACUGGCAAUUUUAUCCAAUUAUCACACAAAUAUAAAUAAAAUCAGUGGACUCAAGGAGCUGCCAAUGAAACGGUUAUCAGAAAUUCUUAAUGGAGGAGUUAAAAUCAGCAACAAUCCACAACUGUGCAACAUGCACACAGUUCUGUGGGACGACAUUAUUGAUUUGAACAAAAACGUUGUAAUGCUGUUGGAAGAUCAAAAUAAUCUGUCUAAUUGUUCCAAGUGUCAUGCAAAUUGUACAGAAGAUCACUGUUGGGGUGCCGGCAUAGAGAACUGCCAGACAUUAACAAAAGUCAUCUGUGCCCAGCAAUGUUCAGGCCGAUGCAGAGGAAGGGUGCCCAAUGACUGUUGUCAUAACCAGUGUGCCGCUGGGUGUACAGGGCCUCGCGAGAGUGACUGCCUGGCAUGCCGCAAGUUUCGCGAUGAAGCAACGUGCAAGGAUACUUGUCCACCGUUAGAGUUGUACAACCCGACCACCUAUCAGAUGGAUGUCAACCCAGAUGGAAAAUACAGCUUUGGAGCCACUUGCGUGAAAGAAUGUCCACAUAACUAUGUGGUGACAGACCACGGCUCCUGUGUUCGCUCGUGUAAUGUCGAUUCCUACGAAGUGGAAGAAAACGGUGUUCGGAAAUGUAAAAAAUGUGACGGGCUGUGUAGCAAAGUCUGCAAUGGGAUUGGAAUAGGUGAACUGAAAGGGAUUCUCUCCAUAAAUGCUACAAACAUUGACUCUUUCAAAAAUUGUACCAAGAUCAAUGGGGAUGUCAGCAUUCUACCAGUAGCAUUUCUAGGUGAUGCCUUCACCAAAACAGAACCACUGGACCCAAAGAAACUGGAUAUCUUCAAAACAGUAAAAGAAAUAUCAGGAUUUUUGUUGAUUCAAGACUGGCCUGCAAAUGACACAGAUCUCUAUGCUUUUGAAAAUCUGGAGAUUAUACGAGGCAGAACAAAGCAACAUGGUCAGUAUUCUCUUGCCAUUGUUAACCUAAAGAUACAAUCUCUGGGAUUGCGCUCCCUCAAGGAAAUAAGUGAUGGUGAUGUCGCCAUUAUGAAAAACAAGAACCUCUGCUAUGCUGAGACAAUGAACUGGAAUAAACUCUUUGUGACAGAAACUCAGAAAACAAAAAUCACAUCCAACAGAAAUCAAGACGAAUGCACUGCUGCGGAACAUGUUUGUGACCCCUUAUGCUCAGAAGUAGGCUGCUGGGGUCCAGGGCCAUUCCAUUGCUUUUCCUGUCGUCAUUUCAGUCGCCAGAGGGAAUGUGUGAAAAAAUGCAAUGUUAUGCAAGGGGAGCCAAGAGAAUUUGAAAGAGAAUCUGAAUGUCUUCAGUGUCACCCAGAAUGCCUGGUGCAAAAUUCAACUGCGUACAAUGCAACCUGCACAGGACCUGGUCCGGACAACUGCAUAAAGUGUGCCCACUAUAUAGAUGGCCCUCACUGUGUUAAAUCCUGCCCUGCUGGAAUUCUGGGUGAAAAUGAUACCUUAGUCUGGAAAUACGCAGAUGAAAAUUCAGUGUGUCAGCUCUGCCAUCUGAAUUGUACCCGUGGGUGCAAAGGACCAGGUCUUGAAGGCUGUCCAUUGGGCUCCAAAAUCCCAUCCAUUGCAGCUGGUGUUGUUGGAAGUAUCCUUUGUUUGGUUGUGAUAGCCUUGGUCAUAGGCCUUUACAUGCGCAGACGUCACAUUGUUAGAAAGCGUACAUUGCGCAGGCUGCUUCAGGAAAGGGAGCUCGUUGAACCUCUAACACCAAGUGGCGAGGCGCCAAACCAAGCUCUUCUGAGGAUUCUAAAGGAAACAGAAUUUAAAAAGGUCAAAGUUCUAGGCUCUGGAGCUUUUGGAACUGUUUAUAAGGGGCUCUGGAUUCCGGAAGGAGAGAAGGUUAAAAUUCCUGUUGCUAUUAAGGAAUUGAGAGAGGCUACCUCCCCAAAAGCCAACAAGGAAAUACUUGAUGAAGCUUAUGUGAUGGCUAGCGUUGACAAUCCCCAUGUGUGCCGCUUGCUGGGAAUCUGCCUUACUUCUACCGUCCAGCUUAUCACACAGCUUAUGCCUUAUGGCUGCCUCCUUGACUACAUCCGAGAGCACAAGGACAACAUUGGCUCCCAGUACCUUCUCAACUGGUGUGUGCAGAUUGCAAAGGGAAUGAGCUACUUGGAAGAACGUCGCUUGGUGCACCGUGAUCUGGCUGCCAGGAAUGUCCUUGUGAAGACUCCUCAACAUGUGAAGAUCACGGACUUUGGACUGGCAAAACUGCUUGGUGCUGAGGAAAAAGAGUACUAUGCAGAAGGAGGCAAAGUUCCUAUCAAAUGGAUGGCUUUGGAGUCCAUUUUACACAGAAUCUACACCCAUCAAAGUGAUGUCUGGAGUUAUGGUGUCACUGUUUGGGAAUUAAUGACAUUUGGAUCAAAACCAUAUGAUGGCAUCCCAGCCAGUGAAAUUUCAUCUGUCUUGGAGAAAGGCGAGCGUUUGCCUCAGCCUCCUAUCUGUACUAUUGAUGUCUAUAUGAUCAUGGUCAAAUGCUGGAUGAUAGAUGCAGACAGUCGCCCCAAGUUUCGUGAGCUGAUAUCAGAAUUCUCCAAAAUGGCUCGAGACCCUCAGCGCUAUCUUGUUAUACAGGGAGAUGAAAGAAUGCACUUGCCAAGCCCUACGGACUCCAAGUUUUAUCGGACCUUGAUGGAAGAGGAGGACAUGGAGGACAUUGUUGAUGCAGACGAGUACCUCAUUCCACACCAGGGAUUUUUCAACAGCCCCGCCACAUCCCGGACUCCCCUCUUGAGUUCGUUGAGUGCUACCAGCAGCAAUUCAGCCACAACCUGCAUUGAUAGAAAUGGGAGAUACCCCGUGAGGGAUGACAGCUUUGUCCAGCGCUACAGUUCAGAUCCAACUGGCAUCAUCUUGGAAGACAGCAUAGAUGAUGGCUUCCUGCCUGCUCCAGAAUAUGUCAAUCAGUCAAUCCCCAAAAAACCAUCAGCAUCUGUAGAACAGAAUCCAAUCUACAACAACAUCUCCCUCCCAGUAAACCCAAAGCCCUCUACAGCUUCAAGCUAUCAGAAUUCCCACAGCACAGCAGUGAACAACCCAGAGUAUCUCAACGCAAGCCAGUCUCCUUUUGUCAAAACGGUUUUUGAGAGCUCCCCGUACUGGGACCAAACAGCCAAUCACCAAAUAAAUCUGGACAAUCCUGACUACCAACAGGACUACUUUCCUAAGGAAACUAAGGCUAAUGGCAUCUUUAAAGUUCCUGCAGCAGAAAAUCCUGAAUACUUAAGGGUAGCAGCACCAAAAAGUGAAUACAUUGAAGCCUCAGCAUGACCACAGAAAAACUCUCUCUUCUUGCAGUAAUACAAACUAAAAUCCAGAUGAACCACCUGGCUGCUGCAGGAUCAAGCUAUGAACUGACAGAAGAGCAAUCACAAUUC